AUGGAUAUCACCAUUCACAACCCCCUGAUCCGCAGACCUCUCUUAUCUUGGUUGGCACCGAGUCGUAUCUUUGACCAGAUUUUUGGAGAGCACCUGCAGGAGUCUGAGCUGCUCCCCGCUUCCCCCAGCCUCAGCCCCUUCCUGAUGAGAUCCCCCAUCUUUCGGAUGCCCAGCUGGCUGGAGACGGGACUCUCGGAGAUGCGACUGGAGAAGGACAAAUUUACUGUAAAUCUUGAUGUGAAGCAUUUCUCCCCGGAGGAGCUAAAAGUGAAGGUGCUCGGGGACAUGGUAGAAAUUCACGGGAAACACGAGGAGCGCCAGGAUGAACAUGGCUUUAUUGCCAGGGAGUUCAACAGGAAAUACAGGAUUCCAGCUGACGUGGAUCCCCUGACCAUAACCUCAUCUCUCUCUCUGGAUGGUGUCCUGACGGUGAGCGCACCGAGGAAGCAAAGCGACGUCCCCGAGCGCAGCAUUCCCAUCACCCGUGAAGAGAAACCUGCCAUUGCAGGAGCCCAGAGGAAGUAG